CACAUUCGAGCAUCAGGCUGUACACGGCGAUUGCAAGGAAUGAACCAGAAAGAAAGCUCUGCGAUCAUGAUCCAUCCUUUGAAUCGGACCGAUCGCUAGUGAGCGCAAAUGGGAUACAGGAGAUUGCGAAGCUUGUGACAAUAUGUAGUUUGAGUGACUAUUUAGCGGAACGAUCUCGUUGCAUACAUCAUCGCCUCAUGGUGUAGGUCGGAUCUAAAUCGAUUGCAGGCUGGUAGUCAAAUAACAUCUUGUAAGAUGAACAGCAUACGAUUUGAACACGAUUAGAUCCUCGAUGGUCGAAUACGAAUGAUACCACAAGGGAGACAGGAGGAACAUUGUGAUUCCCUGAAGAUUAUCGAUACAUAAAUUAAUCACAAGGCGACCAAGGCGAGGAUGAGACAGGAGUUGAUAGCACGUUACAGACAUGCAAGAUAUGCACAGAAGAAGCUCUAGAUGACAAGAAGCAUUGGGAACGAGGCAAGGUGGGCCGUAAGAGCACGGUGAACAGCGCUGUGAUGUGGCGAAUAUGGACGAACACGCAGUUUACAUUCGCCUAAGGAUAAGACCACUUGGAAGGAAACCAAAAAUACGUGUAGUGGCCGUGCAAUUACCCCACAGACAGCGGCAGGAACAAUAUCGCCCGAAACGAUAUUUCCGCAUGGACCAUAUAGAUCGCCUUCUGGCUUGCGAGGGUGAUGGAAGAGAGCUAGAAGAGGAAUAAUGUGACCAGUCGCCUGACAGGAUAUGGGCUGUAGAAAUAUCAGAAAUUAGAGAAC